AUGGGACAGACGACUUCUACCCCUUUAACGUUGACUCUACAGCAUUGGACUGAAGUUAGAAGCAGGGCCCAUAAUCUUUCUGUUGAUGUUAAGAAGGGACGUUGGGACACUUUCUGUUCCUCGGAAUGGCCCUCCUUUGGAGUUGGGUGGCCUCCCGAGGGCUCCUUUAACCUGUCUCUCAUUUCUGCAGUCAAACGUCUUGUUUUCCAACUGCCAGGUGGACAUCCUGAUCAGGUCCCUUACAUCAUUGUCUGGCAGGACCUGGUCCAAGAUCCCCCAUCUUGGGUCAGGCCCUGGAUUCUGCGGCCCCAAAAGGCAACAGUGGCAGUCGCCUCAGCCCCCACCAAUCGCCCAGAGGGAGGACCCUCGGCAGCCCCUCCUAGAAUUUACCCUGAAAUAGAAGAUCUGUCAUGGAUGGAGUCUCAACCCCCUCCUUACCCCCCGCUGCCCCAAGCCGCCCCAGCGCUCCCUCCCUCUGCUGACGUUGGGGCGGCGGGACCAGCCGCAGGAACCAGGAGCCGGUGGGGCCGUAGCCCCGAGACGGAAAUUGUGGCCAGGGGAAACUCAGGAGCCGGGACCACGCUGGCACUGCCCCUCCGAGCUUAUGUGGGAGGGCCCCCUCCCGGCCCCGGAGAAUUGGCCCCCCUGCAGUAUUGGCCAUUUUCUUCAGCUGACCUUUAUAACUGGAAAACUAAUCAUCCUUCUUUUUCAGAGAAUCCCUCAAGGCUCACUGGACUCAUAGAGUCCCUCAUGUUUUCCCACCAGCCCACUUGGGAUGAUUGUCAGCAGCUCUUGCAGGUCCUUUUUACUACAGAAGAAAGGGAGAGAAUCCUGCUGAAGGCCCGAGAGAACGUCCCGGGGCCUGACGGGGCCUCCACUGGCCUUACAAACCUCAUAGAUGCUGCUUUUCCCCUAACUCGCCCAGAUUGGGAUUUCAACACUGUGGAAGGUAGGGAGCGUCUCCAAACUUAUCGCCGGAUUCUAGUGGCGGGUCUCAAAGGUGCCGCAAGACGGCCCACCAAUUUGCCUAAGGUAAGGGAAGUCCUGCAAGGACCAACUGAGCCCCCAUCCGUUUUCUUGGAGAGAUUAAUGGAGGCCUAUAGGUGGUACACCCCGUUCGAUCCCUCCUUGGAGGGGCAGCAGGCGGUGGUAGACAUGGCCUUUAUAGGUCAGUCAGCGGCAGAUAUUAAAAAGAAGUUACAGAGACUAGAGGGGCUCCAAGAUUACACUCUGCAGGACUUAGUAAAGGAAGCUGAGAAAGUAUAUCACAAGAGAGAAACUGAGGAAGAGAGACAAGAGAGAGAGAAAAAGGAAGCAGAAGAAAGGGAAAAUCGGCGUGACCGCCGCCAGGAGAGGAACCUAACUAAAAUCUUGGCCGCAGUAGUAGGUGAAGAAAAGAUGGAAGGAAGGCAGUUAGGGUACCCGGGCGGAGGAACAAGAAGACCACCAGGAAACCAGAGAUUCCAGCUUGACAAAGACCAAUGUGCCUACUGUAAAGAAAAAGGACAUUGGGCUAGAGAAUGCCCUAAAAGGAAACAAAGAAAACCCAGAAUACUAGCUCUGGAAGAAGAAUAGGGGAGUCGGGGCUCGGACUCCCUCCCCGAGCCUAGGGUGACGCUCUCCGUGGAGGGAACUCCUGUCCACUUCUUAGUGGACACAGGAGCGGAACAUUCAGUUUUAACCAGUUCAUUAGGACAGCUAAAAGAUAAAAAAACUAUGGCGACUGGAGCCACAGGCAGUAGGUUUUACCCCUGGACCACCAAUCAGACUUUAGAAAUUGGAAACAACCAGGUGAAACACUCGUUUCUUGUGAUUCCCGAAUGCCCAGCACCCCUUCUAGGCAGAGAUCUACUGACUAAACUCAAGGCCCAAAUUCAGUUCACCUCAAAGGGGCCCGAGAUCACCUGGGGAGAGGCACCCGUGGCGUGUAUGGUCCUGAGCUUAGAGGAGGAAUACCACCUUCAUGAACAGAAACUCAGGUCCUUGCCCUCUGAGGAGUGGCUGGCUGCAUUUCCAAACUCAUGGGCAGAACAGGCUGGAAUGGGGCUGGCAGAGCGAGUUCCGCCGAUUGUGGUCGAGCUUAAGGCUACUGCCACACCAGUUUCGGUUAGGCAGUACCCCAUGAGUCGGGAAGCCAAGGAGGGUAUCCGACCACAUAUCCAGAGACUAAUACAGCAAGGAAUCUUAGCCCCCUGCCAGUCUCCUUGGAAUACCCUCCUCUUACCCGUACGUAAGCCCAGAACCAAUGACUAUCGGCCUGUACAGGACCUAAGAGAAGUUAAUAAGCGAGUACAGGACAUUCAUCCAAUGGUGCCUAACCCCUACAACUUGCUGAGUUCCCUCCCACCCGACCAAACUUGGUACACUGUUCUGGACUUAAAAGAUGCUUUUUUCUGCCUCAGACUGCAUCCAAGUAGUCAGCCUCUGUUUGUCUUUGAAUGGCGAGAUCCGGAGGGAGGAUAUACAGGACAACUAACCUGGACUAGGCUGCCCCAGGGGUUCAAAAAUUCGCCAACCCUCUUCGAUGAAGCCCUCCAUCGUGAUCUCGCCCCUUUUAGGGCACAGAACCCCCAAGUAACGCUUCUGCAAUAUGUAGAUGAUUUGCUUCUUUCAGCCACAAAUCAGGAAUCAUGCCUUGAAGGGACCAGGAGGCUCCUAACAGAACUAGGCAAGCUAGGGUAUCGAGUAUCCGCCAAAAAAGCCCAACUAUGCCGCACCGAGGUGACCUACCUAGGAUACACCCUCCGAGAAGGAAAACGGUGGCUCACUGAGGCUCGAAAGAAGACUGUGAUGCUAAUACCGACCCCCACCACCCCGCGACAAGUACGUGAGUUUCUGGGAACGGCGGGUUUUUGUAGACUGUGGAUACCGGGAUUCGCAUCCCUGGCUGCCCCUCUUUACCCCCUCACUAAAGAAAAGGUCCCGUUUAUUUGGACCGAGGAUCACCAAAGAGCCUUCGAUAGUAUAAAAACUGCUCUGUUGAAGGCACCUGCUUUGGCCUUGCCGGAUUUGACAAAACCUUUCUCCUUGUAUGUUGAUGAAAGGACAGGAGUAGCCCGCGGGGUCCUAACUCAAACUUUGGGACCCUGGAGACGACCGGUGGCCUACUUGUCCAAAAAGCUUGACCCGGUCGCCAGUGGCUGGCCCUCCUGCCUAAAAGCCAUAGCAGCCGUUGCCCUGCUUGUCAAGGACGCAGACAAGCUGACCUUGGGCCAACACGUGACCGUAAUUGCCCCGCAUGCCCUAGAAAGCAUCAUAAGGCAGCCUCCUGACCGCUGGAUGACUAACGCCCGGAUGACUCACUACCAGAGUCUAUUGUUAAAUGAUCGAGUGAUCUUUGCCCCACCUGCUAUCCUCAACCCUGCCACCCUGCUCCCUGAGAUGGACGAGUCUGCCCCGAUACAUCGUUGUGCUGACAUCUUGGCUGAGGAAACUGGCACUAGAAAAGAUUUAACCGAUCAACCUUUGUCGGGCGUACCCAAUUGGUACACAGACGGGAGCAGCUUUGUGGUAGAGGGAAAAAGGAGGGCAGGGGCCGCGGUGGUGGACGGGAAACAGGUCAUCUGGUCCAGUAGCCUGCCAGAAGGAACAUCAGCUCAAAAGGCAGAGCUCCAGGCCCUGACAAUGGCGCUCAGAUUGGCAGAAGGUAAGAGCGUCAACAUUUACACAGACAGCAGGUAUGCGUUUGCCACAGCUCACAUCCAUGGGGCCAUCUACAGGCAGCGGGGGUUACUCACCUCAGCUGGGAAGGACAUUAAAAACAAGGAAGAAAUCCUGGCCCUAUUAGAAGCCAUACAUUUGCCAAAAAAGGUGGCCAUCAUACACUGUCCGGGACAUCAGAAGGGCAGUGAUCCUGUUGCAAAAGGGAACCAAAUGGCUGACUGGGUGGCUAAGCAGGCCGCGCAAGUAGCAGUCGCUCUUCCUGUAAAAAGUCAACUGCAUCCACUUUGAUAAAUGGAACCUGGCUUAUACCCACCCAAACGGGAAAAUUAUUCUCCCCUACAAAGAAGGUAAGAGUUAUGUAAAAAAAUCCAUCGGCUUUCUCAUCUAGGGGCAAAGAAAAUGCGAGACUUAAUUAAGUCCUCCAGGUAUUUCAUCAUCAAACUGCAUGCUCUGACCGAAAAGACGGUCAAUAAUUGCAAAGCCUGCGCCAUGACCAACGCAGGAAGAACAACUGGCCCAGAUGGCAAACGAGUGCGCGGAGAAUGGCCUGGUACUCAUUGGGAAGUAGACUUUACAGAAAUUAGACCGGGAAAGUUUAGGUAUAACUAUCUGUUAGUGUUCAUAGAUACCUUCUCAGGAUGGGUGGAGGCAUAUCCCACCAAGGCAGAAACGGCCCAAGUGGUGGCCAAGAAAAUACUGGAAGAGAUCCUACCCCGAUUCGGGAUUCCACAGGUAAUCGGGUCGGACAAUGGACCAGCUUUCACCGCCCGGGUAAGUGAGGGACUGGCCAGCCACCUGGGGGUAAUCUGGAAAUUGCAUUGUGCUUAUAGACCCCAGAGCUCAGGACAGGUAGAAAGAAUGAAUAGAACUCUAAAAGAGACCUUGACUAAAUUAGCCAUCGAGACUGGCGGUAAGGAUUGGGUGACCCUCCUCCCUUACGCUCUUUUAAGGGUCCGAAAUACCCCUUAUAUGUUUGGACUCACCCCUUACGAAAUUCUCUAUGGGGGACCACCCCCUUUGACUGAAUCUGGAGGGAUAUUGGAUCCCACCAUUGACCAUGAACCUGAUCUUAACCCUCCUUUACCUCCCUCUCUCUACCCUCGUCUCAAGGCUCUGGAGCUAGUCCGGAAUCAGAUUUGGGAGCAACUCAAGGAUUCUUACCAGGCUGGGACAGUGGUAGUCCCCCACAAGUUCCAAAUCAGGGACUGGGUCCUGGUCAGAAGACAUCGAACCAGCCCUCUAGAGCCACGGUGGAAAGGACCAUAUCUGGUGUUGCUGACUACCCCCACAGCCGUAAAGGUGGACGGAGUUGCUGCCUGGAUACACGCCUCACAUGUAAAACCUGCCCCCGACCAUGGCAACGACUGGACGGCAGAGACUACUGACACUCCUCUUAAGCUAUGUCUACGGCGUGGUAAUGUCCAAAAAUAA